AUGCAAAGCACGAAAAGGGCUACGCGCGCCCUCCGCUUCAAUGCAAGGGCGUUCUCUACAUCUGCCCAUUUCGCGGCACCAUCGAGUCUCAGUAUCAAUGCCGACCGUCUUUGGGAGACAUUACAUGAGACGUGCAAAUGGGGUGCAGCUCACCCUUAUGGGGAUAACCCAAGGGAUACCGGCAUGGCGCGCUUGACUCUAAAUGAUGAUGAUGCGCGCGUGCGACGGUGGUUUGCAGAUGAGGUUCAGAAACUGGGAUACUCUCUCUCGGUAGAUCAGAUGGGCAACAUGUUCGCGCGGCAAUCUGGACGAUUGGAAUCUACAGCACCUAUGAUCGCCAUGGGAAGUCACCUCGACACCCAACCCCGUGGGGGGCGGUAUGAUGGUAUUCUCGGAAUCAUGGCUGCGUUGGAAGUUCUGCGCACUAUGAAGGAGAACAACUUCAAAACUAACUUUGAUGUUGGGAUUGUGAAUUGGACAAAUGAGGAGGGAGCUCGAUUCCCCAAGUCCAUGUGCUCAUCUGGUGUAUGGGCUGGUGCUGUUCCCAUUCAAAAAGCCUGGGACCUGUGCGAUAUCCAUGAUUCCAAUGUGACCCUGCGCUCUGAGCUGGAGAGGCACGGGUUUCUAGGAGACAUUGAAUGCUCCAGUGAUCCGGAGACUGGAUACCCGCUUGGUGCUCACUUUGAACUGCAUAUUGAACAGGGGCCCAUUCUCCCAGAGACUGGACGGUCGAUUGGUAUCGUGCAGGGAGCUCAGGGAUAUAGAUGGUUGACUUUCACUGUUCACGGCAAGGAUGCUCACACUGGAACGACCCCCUUCAGUGCCCGCCAGGAUCCUCUUUUGGCAGCAUCCAAGAUGAUUGCUGCCUCGAACGCUAUUGCCAAGCAACAUGGUGCUUUGGCUUCAACGGGUAUCAUUAAGGUGCCUUCAAACGCCUCCACCAAUACCGUGGCUACUAACGUUACCUUCACUCUGGACAUUCGACACCCUCAAGACAGUGUCGUGCACACCGUCCAAGAAGUAUGCCUAAGGGAGUUCGGCGCCAUCGCCUCAGAGGACGGAAAGGGCGUGUCAUUCGACUGGACUCUCGAUACGGACUCCCCCGCCGUUAAGUUUGACCAGGACUGUGUGGCAUCUAUCAAGGCAGCUGCGGAUUGUCUCGUCGGGCCCGAGAAGUCAAUGCUUAUGACUAGCGGCGCUGGUCAUGAUACUGUCUAUACAAGCAAGCACUGCCCGUCGGCUAUGAUCUUUGUCCCCUGUCGGGAUGGUGUGAGUCACCACCCGACGGAGUACUGCUCACCUGAAGACUGUGCACUUGGUACUCAAGCUUUGCUGGAAGCCGUUGUUCACUAUGACGAGAGCAAGGCGAACAAAGGGAGUGGGGUUUAA